GGCCUUAACUUCUUAAACCACACAGUAUAUACAUAGACGUAGAUUGUGAACUGUACGAAUACGAAUGUUCCGGGAGGUGCAAAAUCCACACGAAACAAGAACAUUACAGGAAUAUUUUUUCAUGUGGAAAGGCCUUUAUGGUAUGCAUUCAGUCAGAGUAGAAUCAUUUUUUGGAGGUAUCAAAAGUCCACAUUGUCCAAAAUUUGCCAAGAGCUAAGAAUGUUAAGAUGCAACCAGAAACAUGCGUCACGAAAAAGUGCGUUACAUUGUAGUGAUAAAGAAAUUUUCAAGUGUGAAAUUAAAUUCUUUUAAAUAAUUACUUACAAUAUUUAUACUGAUGGAGUGACGAAAAUAUUAUAAUGGAGACAAUAAAUCAAGACAAGAUAAUGUAUCUAUGUGAUAAUUUACCUUUAUUAGCAUAUGCAUUUUAAAAUUGUAUAAUUUUUUGUGACUUGUCAAUAAUUAUUUUAAAUAUAUUCACAUACUAAUGUAUUUAACUACUUUCGAUAUUAAGUAAGAAUCGCAGUUGAUAGUGAUUCUAUCUCUAUCAACUAUCAUAAAAGUUCAAAUAAAAAUAACACUAAGUUACCUUUGCUAACAGCAUUUGAAUGGAUCCAAAAAUUGAAACAUCUCCAAUAAAAAAAACAGCUAGGUUUAGUAAAAAUGUUCAAGCAAAUGAAUGUGUCCGUCAAUUCAAGUUGAGACGACAUUUUCCUAGUACAGUAAUAGAACUAAAAAAAAAUGGCAUAGGAAAAGGCCAUAACACAACACAAACUGCAGCUAUCACAAAUAUAAUCUCAGCCUUACCUUUAUCAAGCAAUAUGAAAUUUAUUUCAAACAAAGAAUUACAGUCAUCAGAAGUACAAAAUCUUCAAAAGUUGAAAUUGAAAACAAUUAGUGGGAAAAAUUUAGGGGAAUUAAAUAUGGCUAUGGCUAGUAAAAUUCAAGGAAAAAUCAUAACAGUACCUAAAAUAAUUCAAAACUCUGGUAGAUUAAAAAAGUGGACUGAAUCAAAUACAGAACAAGUUCAAGGGCAAAAGCCAAGAAUAAAAAAUAUUACCCAGCUUCUCACUAGUUCACCCAUCGAGGAGCAGUGUAACAAUUCAGGUGAAGCAUGUUUUUCAAAAACAACAGUUCAAAUUGUUAAUGGCGAAAAAAAGUUGUCUUUGAAUGCAGCUCAAAGUUGUAGUAAACCAAUUAUAGUUCAAACUGCCAGUAAUGAUGUUCUAAAGAACAUAGUUAAUCCUAACAUAAUAUUUAGCACACAGCCAAAACAACCUCAAUUAGUAACUAUGAAACAAAUUGCUGGUUUUCCCAAAGUCUUGAUGGUUCAAAAAGGUAAUAAUCAGGUAGGUAUACCAACUGCAGAAAAAAUUAAAUCAUUUAACUUGGUAAACAAAAGUUUGUUGAAUGAUCAAGCAAUCAUGAAGGAUGAUGAACUAAACAUUGUUCAAGCCCAGUUAAGUAAUUCCUCUAUGAAAAAAAGAGAUGGUUCAUUUUUAGAUCAACCAAUAACUCCUGAAAGUAAAAGAUCUUGUAGGGAUAUGGAAACUCAGGAAUGUGAAACAAAUCAAGACAAGAACAUCAAAAUUUCUAAUAAAUCACUUGGUGAAUUUUCAGAAUUGAAAAAUUUUUCAAAUAAACUAGUGAAUGUAAGUACAACAAAGAAAAAUAUAAUGGUUAUUGUACCCAAUGAUGCUGCUAAAGAAUUAACAAUGGAUUCUAAUUCUUUAAAUAUGGUUGGUGAAGAUGCUAUGCUAAGCAAUAAUAGUGAAAUCAUAUUUCUUGAAGAUGAAGAUUUAAUAGAAUCUGACAAUUAUAACCAAAAUAUUGAACAUUUGAAUAAAAGUAAAACUAUUCAAGAAGAAAUAGAAUCAAAUAUUGACCAAAAUACAAAAAAUUCUAAUUCCGAAAAUCUAUCUGAUGAAUUUAGCAUUUUAGAAAAAGCUGUGCUAAGUGUUCAAGAUGAGAAUUUACGAACAAAAGCUUUAAAAGCAUUGAAAGAUUGUGGAAUUAAAUCAAAGAAAAAAGUUGUCAUAAAACGUCCAUUACCAACAAAAAUUAUAAAUGAAUCUGCUGUUCAAACUAAGGUAUUUUCGUUAUUGAAAGAAGGAGAAUUUUUAGAAGCAGAUGAAGAAAAUGAUAAUUUAAUAAAAAUUAAAUUAUCUCGCAAAUCUUCAAAACAUUCAAUGGCUACUACAGGAAAUAUUCAUAAGAAUGAAAAUUUUGACAAUACAGCUGAAUACAAAAUGAAACUAGAUAAUAUAGUAGCAAAAUUCUCUCAAAAUAAUGAAGUUGUAUUCAAUGUUAAAAAUGCUUUUGCACAGAAUAGCAAAUUACAAGCUGAAAAAAUUAUGAAGAAAUUGCUAAAAGACUUUGAAGCAACAAAGUAUUAUGAUGAAGAUGGCUAUUUAGGAAUUCAUAAAGCUGUAGUAAAUAAUAAUUUGCAAGAUGUACAAAAACAUAUCCUUAUUUUAAAAGCAGUCAAACGUAAUAUUGAUAUAUGUACAGAAGAUGGACAGACAAGUUUAGAAUUGGCUGUUGAAUUAGAAGUUGAUCCUCAAAUUGCAAAAAUACUUCUAGACAGCGGUGCCCAACCUAUAUCAUCAAAAGCUGUACAUGAUUCAGCAUUAAUUUUAGCUGCGAAAAAAUCUUCAAGAUUAUUACCUUUAUUAUUGAAAUAUGUUGAUCGUAACCAUAAAUUAUUGAAUGCAAAAAAUUCAGAAGGAUUCGCUGCUAUUCAUUACUGUGCUCAAUCGGGAUAUUUAGAAGGUGUAACAGAACUCAUUAAACAUGGAGCAGACGUUAAUGUACAAGAUGAAAGGUCUGGUAGGACAGCACUAUUUUAUGCUGUUGAUACUAAAAGUACUGAGGUUCUUCGAGAAGUAUAUAAUGAAAUUGCUCAAAAACUUGUAGAUAAUGGAGCUUUUUCUAAUAUUCCCACAUAUUCAAAACAUAGUGUACUUUCAAUAAUUGAUGAUGUAAAAAGUCAUAGUCUUAAAAUUGCGUUGAACCGAGCUAUUAGAUAAAAUAGUACAUUACGAUAUAAGUGCGCGAAAGUAGAUUCUAGUCUCGUGUAGCGUUUACGCCCGAGCGAAGCGAGGAAAGGUGCACGAGACGAGAAGCUCUUUCUCGAACAUGUGCCGUACCGUAUUUUUUUAUAUGACGUGUGGAACGUACGUUUUUUGCCGAGCGUGCGGGAAAAACGCACUUUCCGCACAGAGUGCCGAAAAAUUUAUUUCAUAACAAAGUCAAAGUAAUAUAGACAUCAUAGAAUUUUUCACAAAAUAUUUCUAGGAAUCGUUUUGUGUGGUAUUAAUUUAUGUUUUCAAAGGAAUUAAAUUUUGCAAUCAAGAUAUUUCUACAUUUAAAAUAUAUUAUUAUGCCACUAAUGUAUAGAUAAGGUCUGUUUCCAAGCUAUAUUUAGAAAGAAGAAAUAUCUUGAACUAAUAGAUUAUCAUAAUAAAAUUUAGCUGUAAUGACGAUAUAGCUCAUUAUUUUAUUUUCUCUAAAUUUGAAAAUCUCUUAACAUGGGAAUAACAUAAAGCUUCAUACUAAAGUUCAGUUUAAAACAUUAAGUUUGGCUGUAUCUGAUUUUGUGGAAAUUCUUUGCGGACACUAUAACUUGACGUCAUAACUUUUCAAAUACUGAUAUAUUGAAAAAACUUAUUUGUUUAUUUGACGUAUACUCACUAUUAUCGUUUUAAUUUUUUUUUUCUAAUUGAAAUAAUUAACGGCGCUGUUAUAGAUAUUAUAAAUUGUAAAAAAAUUUAUCAAGUUGGAUAGAUCAAUUUUAUAGAUUUUCGCUUAUAAAGUGCUUUCUGAUUUUUAUAAUAAAUAACAUAGGCAUCUUUAUAUUUUGCGUAACUCUCAAUGUAAUUGUAAUUUUGUUUUUCAUUACAUACCAUACAAAAAUCAUCGCACAAUAUCACGAAUUGAAAUUUACAGGUGAAAAAAGGCGUAAAACAUUAAUAUUUAAAAUUCUGUAGUUUAGUCCAUGUAUAAUUUUUGGUAUUCUAAUACUUUUUCAUGGUAAAACUUUGUAACAAAGAUUAUAUAUUAAUUUGUACGUUAAUACAUAUGUAUAAAGUAAUAUUAAAUGAAAAAACUAUUUAGAAAUUCUAAUGGUUAUGCACGAAUCACGAUUUAAAAUAUCUGCUAUUGAAAUCUAUUGUCAAUAUUCUGCAGCAUGUUUUACUAUCUUUACAUUUUUAAAAAGCGAUUAGAUUUGAGCAUGCUCUUAUAUCUGUUAAAAAUUUCAAGGCUGAUAAAAUGUUUUUUUUAUUUUUUCUAAGAUUAAAUGUUAUUUUUAUAAAAUUUACAAAAUGUUUUCUGCAAUUGUUUAAUAGCAGAUCAUUUUAUCAAUUUUACACAUUGUAAUAAACUCAAGUAUAUAAAAUAAAUUAUUUCAAAACAUUGACUAUUUCUGUAAAUUACAAAU